GCAUCUCUCUCCCUCUGCCAGAACCGUUCCGUUCAUUCGAACCGACCCAUCGCCGCCUCCUCCGCUCUCGUCUCUCGCCACUCCCUCUCGAGUUCCCCGAGUUCGCCGUCCCCGCCUGCCGGCGACCGGUCCGUGGAGGCGCGCUCUUGCAGGAGCACGGAACAGGCGGUGGCUGGCUGCUUGCGUUGUGCCGGUGUAGCGGACGGCGGAAGCGAUGGUUUCCUUCGACGUGAGCGACCGCAAGAAGAUUGGGCUGGGCUUGACUGGGUUCGGAGUUCUCUUCUCGUUUCUUGGGAUCAUCAUGCUGUUUGACAAGGGGUUCCUGGCAAUGGGGAAUAUUCUCUUCGUGUCUGGUGUUACACUAACCAUUGGGCUGAACUCAACCGUACAGUUCUUCACCAAGCCUAGGAAUCACAAGGGUUCGAUUGCUUUCGGGGUCGGCCUUUUCCUUGUCCUUAUUGGUUGGCCUGUCUUGGGCAUGAUGGUGGAGUCCUAUGGCUUUGUCGCGCUAUUCAGCGGCUUCUGGCCUACUGCUGCUGUAUACCUGCAAAAGACCCCCAGCGUUGGUUGGAUCUUCCAGCACCCUAUUGUUACUUCGCUGCUCACUCGGUUCAGAGGAAGACGAGUCCCUGUGUAAUCGCCACGCUGCUGCAGAAACAAUCCCAUAGAAUGCCACUGCCAGAUCGCCUGUAAAAAGAUGACAUGUUGUUUUGCUCCACUUGUUGUUUGAUUCCUUCUGUGCUGCAUGUGGAUCUUGCUGCGCUUCUACCAGUGAAUUUGUGCAGAUCUCUUCACUACAGACUACGUUCGAUUUUGUUUGUACAAAGCAUUGGUUAGUGCUUGUUAAGGAGGCGAAUAGGAAGAGCUGAAACUAUCUGUCUUUUCUGAAUGAUGAUAACGAUGAGUUGGUUCGUAGUCUAGUCGAUUUUUCACUGCUGUAUAUUUGUUAGACAUUGAUUUCUGUUCCAAGUGUUCUGUUUCAAAGGAAAGGAAAGAACAACUUACAAUUAGUGCAUAUCUCCCACUCAUUUGAUCCCCAAAGGAA